UCCCUACUCUACUGCUGAUUUAAGUACUACCUCUCUCUUUAAAAUCGUCGCAUCUUUUUUCACAUCCUUUGUCUUUUUCACAUCUCACUUUUUUAUUUCUGAAAAAGGGCACAGAGAAAGCAAAAAUGAGGUUUUUCUUUUCAUUCUCUCUCAGAGGAAUGUAGAGCUGGAUAGAUCUUCUUCUUUUCACAAAUUUGGUGAUUCUUGAUAAUGGGGAAGAAUGGGUUUGUGUUGUUUUUGAUUUUUGUGGUUUUAUUUUGUGGGUUUUCCAUUGCUUCAGCUUCUCCUCCUGUUAAGAUUGUUGGUGGGUUUGUAUCAAAUGCUCUCGCCCCUUUGUUGAAAUGGUUGUGGGGAUUGAAAGCUAGUACAAAAACAGCGAUUACUGGUAGGCCUAUGAUGAAGUUUGAGAACGGAUAUACAGUAGAGACAGUAUUUGAUGGGAGUAAACUUGGGAUUGAACCUUAUUCUGUGGAGGUAUUACCUAACGGAGAACUUCUGGUUUUGGAUUCUGCUAAUAGUAACAUCUAUAAGAUCUCUCAGCCCUUGUCUCGCUAUAGCAGACCGAAGUUGGUUGCUGGUUCAGCCGAUGGGUACACUGGGCAUGUUGAUGGGAAGGUGCGAGAAGCAAGAAUGAACCAUCCAAAGGGUCUUACUGUAGAUGAUAAGGGAAGUGUCUACGUUGCGGACACUGUGAACAUGGCGAUAAGGAAGAUCAGUGAUGCAGGAGUAACAACUAUUGCUGGAGGGAACUGGGGCCGUGGAGGUUCUCAUGUUGACGGGCCAAGCGAAGAUGCAAAGUUCUCAACAGAUUUUGACGUGGUUUAUAUUGGGGGCAGUUGUUCCCUUCUGGUCAUAGACAGAGGAAACAAGGCUAUCCGAGAGAUUCAGCUCCAGUAUGAUGAUUGCGCCAACCAAUAUGGAGCUGGUUUCCCUCUUGGGAUUGUGGUGCUUGUUGCAGCAGGCUUCUUUGGUUACAUGCUUGCAAUGCUUCAGCGAAGAGUGGGGACAAUGGUGUCUUCCCAAGACGAUCUAACUAUUAAGAAGCAGAGCAUCAAUUCAAGUCCAUAUCAGAAGCCUCCCAAAUUGUCAGUAAGGCCACCACUAAUCCCAACUGGUGACGAACAAGAGAGUCAAGAAGAAAGUAUGUUCGGUUCACUAGGGAAGCUGUUUGUCAAUGCCGGGGAAUCUGCAGCAGAAAUAGUUGGAGGAUUGUUCGGGUUUAAAAAGAAACCACAGAUCCAUCAACACCAGUAUCAGAAUCAGCAAAGGCGUGAAAAUUCGUGGCCCUUACAAGAAAGCUUUGUCAUACGCGAUGAAGAUGACCCGCCUUCAAUAGAAACAAGGACACCAACUCCGAAGAAAACUUACGCCUUUAUGGAAAAAGACCCAGAAAAAACACAUCAUGUAAGGCAGAGCCGAGCUCGUUAUAAUGGGUGGGAGGGUGAUGUGCAACAGCGAAAACAUCAACAACAGCAACAGCAGCAGCAACAGCAGCAACAACAGCAACAGCACUACCAAAGGCAUUAUUCGUCAGGCCCACAAACAUAUUAUGAGCAAAGCACUGAGUCGACUAAGGAGAUUGUGUUUGGGGCAGUUCAGGAGGAGGAUGGAACACGUAAUGAGGUGGUGAUGAAACCUGUGGACUAUGGAGCUCCUGUAUAUGAUUAUCAGAAUCUUCGCUCUCGUACCAGUUACAUGGGUUAUAGCCAGGGUUAUUAAGGAACAUAAAUUAUACUGUUAUUAAGAUAAGAGAAUUGGUUUGGGGUUUUUAAUUUUUGUUAAAAUUUAGGUUUAUCUUUUCAGGAUAAAUUAGUACAAUGUUGCCUUUGGUGACCCCCUACAAUGUUUCCUUCCAGUUUUGAUGUCAUUACCUUGUCCCGACAAAUCUUUCUUCAGUCUCACCGUGAAGUUGCAUGAAAUCUUAUAGCAAUAUAUCCUAUUA